AUGUCGGAUUCAAUUGACCGAGUCUUCGUCCAUGCGCUCAACACGGUCAAGAAAAUCCCCAAAACCGGGGCCGCUCGGCCGCCGCCUUCGGAUCGCAUGCGCCUCUACGGUCUUUACAAGCAAGCCAUGGAAGGCGACGUUGACGGCGUCAUGGAGCGGCCCACAACCAGCUCCGCGACCGGUGCAGGCAGCAGUGAGGAGAUUGUGCGCGAGCAGGACAAGUGGGACGCGUGGAACUCGCAGAAGAGCCUGAGCCGCACCGAAGCGAAGCGCCGCUACGUCGAGGCGCUCAUCGAGACCAUGCACAAGUACGCCAGCACGCCCAACGCCCUGGAGCUGGUCGCCGAGCUCGAGUUUGUCUGGAACCAAGUCAAGAGCAACACCCCGAGUGCCGAAGGGUCGUCAUCGGGACAGAGCGGGCCAGCAUCGGGUGAACAAAGGAGUGGGAUUGGCGGUGAAGCUAUAGCGAGCCCCAGCAUUCGUCGGUUCUUGCCUCCACUGAGCGGCAGUGACGGACCGAUGAAGGUGCUCAGUCCCAUGAGCGAGGAGGAUGAGUCGGAACGGCGCGUGGCCGAGCUGGCGGACCAAGUCGAGGACGAUCCCAACGAGUUCGCGAGACGAAACGACAAGCGGUCCAAGAGGAUGGAGCGAGCUAUCGUCCGGCUAUCAGCCGAGAUUGCGGCGCUGCGGGAGCAGAUCGCUACCGGGCGCGAGUGGCGGUCUCGCAAAGAGCGCGGCGUGCUGGCCUGGACCAGGUGGUUCUUCUGGACGGUCACGAAGCACAUUACGGCCGACGUCAUUAUCCUGCUCCUGCUGCUUCUCUGGAUGCGCAAACGAAAGGAUAGGCGGCUAGAGGACCAUGUCCGGGCCGUUUUGAGGCUCGCGCGGGAAUACAUCAGGAAGAUCUUGCCCGCUAGGUGA